AUGGAGGUGACGGGGUUAUCGGCGCCCACCGUGACCGUUUUCAUCAGCAGCUCUCUCAACAGCUUUCGCUCCGAGAAGCGGUACAGUCGCAGCCUCACGAUAGCUGAAUUCAAGUGUAAACUAGAGCUGGUGGUGGGCAGCCCUGCGUCUUGCAUGGAACUGGAACUUUACGGAGCUGACGAGAAGUUCUGCUGCAAGCUGGAUCAGGAGGAUGCGCUACUGGGCUCCUACCCCGUAGAUGAUGGCUGCCGCAUCCAUGUCAUUGACCACAGCGGUGCCAGCCUUGGGGAAUAUGAGGAUGUGUCCAAGGUGGAGAAAUACAAGAUCUCACAGGAAGCCUACGACCAGAGGCAAGACUCAGUUCGUUCCUUCCUGAAGCGCAGCAAGUUAGGGCGAUACAAUGAAGAGGAGCGGGCACAACAAGAAGCUGAAACCACCCAGCGCCUCACGGAGGAGAAGGCCCAGGCCAGUGCCAUCCUUGUGGGUAGUCGCUGUGAGGUGCGGGCACCUGGGCAGCCCUCUCGCCGGGGCACCGUCAUGUAUGUAGGACUCACAGAUUUCAAGCCUGGCUACUGGGUUGGCGUACGCUUCGAUGAGCCACUAGGGAAAAACGAUGGCAGAUGCUGUCGCGACAAGACCAGGAUAGGAGCCGAAAGCCAAAAGUCCCGUUUCGGCGAAAACCAUAUCCGAGCCGGGUUGGAGGUGUUAGGAAGACCGCAGAGCUAUGAAAUCAGAGCGGGGAUUCGGCCGAGUCCAGCUGCUACGACCGAUUACCGAGGCCGGACGCGCGCAGGCGCAGUAGAGACGGCAGCGGCCGCGCGGAAGCGGGCGGGGCGCCCGGCGGGGCUCACCCGGAGGCGCCGCCUGAGUCACGCGCCCCGCCCUACAGAGCCGGCCUCCGCCAGAGCCGGGGAGCGGCGCAGAGGAGCGGACCCGCGGACCCGCGAGAGGCGGAAUCUAGAGUCACAGCCAUGUUCCUGGUUAACUCGUUCUUGA